CCGCCAUCUUUGCUUCAGUUGACAUCUUUCUUCAGAAGCCUUGACGCAUGCGCAUGGAGGGAAUUCAACAUGGCGGCAUAUUUGGUCUGUUUGACAACUGAAGGUGGAAUUCCGUUGUUUACGCGCACAAAAGGGAAUCUUCCUCAGGUAAUUGCUAGUUUCCACCAUAAUUUUGGUCUGUAAAAUCGCAAAAAUGAGUCUAGCGAUGUCAGCAAACUCAUACGGUAACCUAAACAUAAGCUACUCUACAUGGACUUGCAGGUCAUGGAAGGGCUAUCGAUCGUCGUCUUCCAUACAGUAAACACCUGUGGAUUAAGAACCUCCUGGCAGAAAUUUGUCACUUUAAUACCCAAAAAUACAAGAGCCUGUUUAGCCAAGCAAGAUCAAGCAGGUUCUUAUAUGUGGGACAGGGUUACAGUUUUAUUAUGAUGAACAAUUUAAACAAAGGACUCCGUAAGGAGUGUAACUUUGAGUUUUAAUAUGAACAUACUGUACUUAACGGUAUAUAUACAUAUGUAUAUAUACAUAUGUAUAUGCGGUAAUCAAUUUUAUUAGGAUUGUAAUAAUGCAAUUUUGAAUAAAUUAAAAGUUUAUUUAUUUUUCUGGUAAUCAACAAUCUAUUAUCUCCUUCAUAAAAAUUAAGAACCUAUACUAAUUAAAUAAGAACCAACGUAGCCUAAAUUCCCAAUAGAGUUGUAAGUCCCCCAAAAUACAAGAACCUAUUUUGCCAGACUUCGAAAAAGUAGGUUCUUAUUAAUUAGCAGGUGUUUACUGUAUUCGCAGCAUCAAAUUCUUAGUAAUAACAGAAUGAAUCAAAUGAAUAUUAAAACAUUUAUGUAGCAUGUUAUACUGAUGGCUGCCAUUAAAUACUUAGCUACCGUUUCCUGUGAUUGGAUCACUCAAUGGCGUCUGCAUGUUUGCCAGUAAUCAAGAUGUCUCUCUGCUCAAUACAGUGACAGAUGAUGCUAAAGUUGUCUGGAAGGUGUUUAAUGAAAAGUGAGGAUUUAUUACCAUUAUUUGGAAUGCUACUUAGGUUGACAAGAAGUCUGUAUUCAUGCCAAAUAGCCCAUCAGGCUGGAGCUUAUACCAGUUUCCAUAGCUUAAUUAAAGUGAGUAGUAAUAUCAUUAUUUCUACUCCCUGAUCCUCCUAGAUGGGUUGCCAGUCUAUCAGAGAGUUAUCCCCAGUAGAAUGUUACCAGUACUCAUUGAUUUACACACCUGGAUGAAGAGAAUCAUGAUGGAGCAGAGUUUCUCGUAAAAGAAAGUAAUACAAUGGCAAGGCCAAAACUUGGACCGCCAGAUUCAAAGUGUUAAUUUUAAUCUUUUGUUUCUGUUAUCAGGAUAACCUUAAUAAUAGUAACAUCUGAUGACAGUGCAAGUGAUACACAUCUUAAUCGACUGCUAGAGUUUGUCUUUAAUUCCAUGGUAGGUUGCAAGAAAUUUUAAAUUAAAGUCAAAUUUCUCCUGGACACAUUCAUAACAGCAGUCACUCCUACUAUAGACAGUUCUAUAUCAGUGUGAAAGUUCACGUAUACAUGUACAUAAUUACGUGCACAGACUAUGUGCGCUCCCUACUUCUAUAAAACCAACACCUAUUUAGUAUGAAAAAUUUUAAUUGGACAUUCAUGUCUCGUAUUUUGGUGAUUCCAUAUCACAUAUACCUGUAAGGAGGUCCGACUAUAUGUACGUAUAUGCUGUAGUCUAUAAUUUGAUUAUUGUUCAUGGUACUACUCAGUGUUUAUGAUGCAAAGUGCUGGUUUCUUUGUUGUUGCUUGUGAAACUGUCGGGUGAGGAAAAACCUUUUUAGAUUAUUAUCAGCAAAGCUUUGCUCUAGGAGAUUAUUGCCCCCGCAGGGUUCCGGCCCAGAGGCAAAGGCAACGCCAACAACAACAGACAGAGGAACAGGAGAUUGGAAUCAAAGGAAUUAUGAUCGUUUUACACUGUCGAAAACCCAGAUUUCUUAGUUUGCCGGUUUCCCCGCAGAUAUAUAGAUCAAAGUCGCAAAGUUUCAGCUCUGUAUUACGGCCCGAAUAAUAAUAAUUUUCAGGCGAACUGCACCGGGCCAUAUUUGUUCUUUGUUUUUGUCUUUUUCUAAAUGCGGGCGGCAAAAUAAUGCUAAAUCUGCUUUUCAAUACACUGUUAACAAUAACACUACAUAAUAUGCAAAAAAGAAGAAGAAGAAAAGAAAGAACAACGUAUGGACCUUUAACACGAUAUUCGCGGUUGGUCACCCGUCCAGUUCGUAACCUCGACCGACCAGGCUUAACUUGAGUGCCGUUACCAAACCGAGUUUCGCGAAGGUUAUUGCGAGAUACAUAUUUCUAUAGAGUUAAAAAGUUAUUCAGCAGUACUGCAAUUGUUUGGUAUUAAAGAACUUGAUUUGUCAGACACAAAUCAGCAACGUGGAUCGACAGAACUUUGAACUGGUUUUGUCAACGUGGAUUGACAAACUCGAUUCAAACCACAUCAGGAAUAGCUGAAAUUUCUCAAAACCCAGUCAAAGACAAGAAAGGUGCUAACGUGAAAUAACCGGGUUUUGUUCUAUAUUAAGGUAUUCAGGGUUUAAUAAACAGUGAUCCAUGUGUUUUUAGGGUUAGUUUAUUGCGAAAUCCCGAUUAUUUUAUUUGAUACAAGGACAUGCCAGAAAAAAUGAACUGGGAAAUAUCUCAAAGGUGAGAAACUUGAAACAGUGGUCCAUGUUUUUGUAGGGUUAGUUUAUUGCGAAAUCAUUUAUAUCAGUUGCGUUCGACUUUGCCUUCAAGAAUGUCACACUCGAAGCCAAAGCAUCCGUUCGACACAUUAGUUAUAGGAAAUUUAGUUACAAAUAGAUAAUUAAAGAUGGUUUUGCUGUUUAACACGCGUUCUAUUAGAUUUGCAGUGUUGGUUGAACUCAUUAUGAGAUGUAUAAAAAACAAUUGUCCAUCCUAGGCAUGUCAUGUAUGAGGAUUUUCAUUAACCCAGGAAACAAAGUGUAAUAAUUGAGAAAACACAAAAGAGAACAAAAGAAUUACACUCAGAAACUCUAAUAAGAAAACCGCAUUUCAAAGGUUCAUGGUAAAUACAUGGACAACCACAAGGAGUCUUCAUUCGAGUUUUAAAAGGUCGGGGGCAGAUUUAGUGACAACUAUAACUAGUUAUAUUCAGGGUGUGGAUGUCCUGUGCAGGGAACCAACUCUAAGUUAUAGAUCUGCUUGUCACAUAAAGGUGUAAAUAAACCUGUCAUACCCAUUAUGACUCAAACUGCACCUUUAUGCAUUCCAUACAUUUGUGUUGUUUAGUCAGAGAAACAAAUUCAAGAUUAAAAUUUAUAAAGCAUUUUAUGGUUCAACAGUUAAUGCUUAAUUGAUUUUUGAAUUGCAAUUUUUCAGGUAUUGUUAUUAGGUAUAAAUGAGCUGACAUCAAUCAGAAAUGUAGAACACCUUAAAAGAGAGCUACGAGUAAGUUAUUCUUGAUUGUUGAAUUAUUUUCCGCUAAUUAUUCUGUUACAUGUACAGCUGUACAUCGCCAGUUCCUAUUACUAUAUGUAUUACCUGUCAUGAACUGAGUACCAAACUCUUUGAUCUGUACAGCAGAAAGUCUGUGGCUCAUUAAAACUAUAAAUGGAUUAAACUUAUUCACUAUUUUUUUUUAAUUUGCCCAGAAAACAUUCAGAGCACAGCUGAAGGCAGAGGUUCAUUUGUUGAUAAAUAUUAUGGGUUCCAUCACACUUUUUAUGGCAUUUGAAACCAGUUGUACUCACCAAAAAUAAAUAUAUUAGUAUGUUGGUACAUGUAAUAAAACCACUGAAGAGAAACAAACAUAAGAGAGAUGGGCAUAGAAACUGUAAUAAAUUCCUUGUCUUUCUGCAUCUAUUUUUAGUGCUGUUAUAGUUUGAUUGACAUCCUUUUGGAAGGCACCGACUUAACAGGGAACAUAACUCAAGCUGUUGAUGUCAUUCUUUGUCCCGAUGUGUCAUUUUUGCAGGUACAAAAUUUAAAUUUUUUGUUCCAGUUUUUACCCACAAUCAGCUCUUGUUGUCAGAGGUCACAAUAAUUAUUAUUGCAGUACCGAUCCAAGAUACAUGUAGCAGCCAUUUGAGAUGGUAUCACUGCUUUGGGCCGUUGUGUGACCUUACAUGUAGCAUAUAUAACCUUGCAGGAUAUUUUUGAGACUCCGAGUCAUGAUUAAGUAUUGCCAUGAAGGGUGGUAUUUUAAUCACUAACCAUGCACUGCAUUUUCAGGAGUUCCUAGACGCCUUUGCUACAGCUGUUAAUAGUGAAUUUGGGUGUUUGCUUGUGAUGGGAAAAGUGGCAGUAGCAACAGAGCGCUGGUGAGUCACAUGCUGGGUAAAGAAAGGCACUUACCUACCCUAAGUGGCUCAGUUUCAGAGAGGUGUCAGUGUUACAGACAUCAGUCAAAGAAAAUGACAGGCAUGCUUUAGGGGGGUGGCUGUUGUCAGUAGAAUCUGUUGGGACAGUAUUGUCUUAUCAUUGACUGUUUAAGUAAUAAUCAUAGAGUAGUGCAUAGUAGAUGCAAAAUGUAUAUAUGUAAUAUAUCAGUGCAACGUACCACUUACUGUAAUUUACCAAAUUGUGCUUUUAUCAGAAUCAAACUUCUUUAAAUGCCCUCUAACUGGUACAUGAAUUUUUCAUUACAUAGAUUUUUUAUGUAACCCAGCCUUAAUUUAUCUGUAAGUUUAUGUAAUGUUUGUGAUAGAUUUGUUGAUCUCUUUUAGGUGGGAGUUAACUGGCAUGGAAACAGUUUUGUUAUCUUUCCUUGUUCGUUCAUUACCACCAUGUUGCUCUCGGGACAUCCCUAUUUAUCUUCCUUAUGGCAGUCCAAAGGUAUUCAUCUAUUUUACACUGUUUAGCUACUUUCUGUACAUUUGUGACUUUCUGUAAUUUUUACACGAUGACGUAAGGCUUAGCAGUUUGCAAGUGCUGUAGAGAAGUGUGAGUAAACAUGUUGCAUUCCUGUAGUCAUCUUGAUGAUCUGUGAUUCUAGUGAAACUAUGGAAUUUUGUGCAAAAUUUUUUUUUGAGGAGUUGACCUAUUUGGAGUUUUGUAAACUUGGUAAUCGAGCCUGAGAAUCCUGGAAUAAAUACAGUUCUUUUAAAUUCUUUGUCUACAAGAGUCCGUACAUGCUUUUUAUUAAAAACCUUGACCUUAAUGCAGUUUAACAUUGACAGGUUAAUAUAAAAAAAGCAAGGUUGUAGUUUCUUGGCAUUGCGGGCGGGUACAAUCACAAAAUGAUGUACAUUUACAUGUAAUACAAAAGACGCUGAAUGAUAUCCACACCAUAACACAAAAGCGAUUCAACCAACAAUGGUUUCUGUACUCGCUCAAUUACCACCAUGCGGGUUCAUUUUUCCGAACAGAGGUUGGUAAUCGAGCCUAUGGUUCCCGCCACACCAACAAAAACCCAAAAGUAAAGAAAGUUAUGUGUAUCACAAGUGAGUAUCAGCUGUUUUUCUUUGUUUGAGCCAGCAUGAUUCAUCAAUGUUUUCAAUCCUUUUUCAGGUUCCUCAUAGGCUUCUUACAUUUCAAGUGAGUUAGAACUGUUUUUGUAUCGCUUAAAACUGAUUUUACAUGCAUGUACUGUAAAUAUCCAGAUAUACUAUGAUAAUGGUUAAUAUUUUUAAAGGGUUGAUGCUGCGCCAACAUUUGUAUUAAAUAUCUGGUGGUUAAGUAAAUGUUAUCCUUGUGUAAGUUUUUAGUAUCAACUGUUCUAUUCUAUUGUAAUAUUAAUUUGCUAGUAAAAUAAAUAAAAAUAGAUAAAUAAUCAUUUAGUACCUAUUGUAGCAUAUGCACUUAGUGGUUCUUCGUCUACCUUAUUCCUGGUCGAAUUGGAGUUUGGAAAUGUUGGUUUUUGAGGAGAGCGUAAAACUGGAGAAUCUAGAGAAAAACCUGUCGCAGGAUACGGAGAACCAGCAACAAACUCAACCCUGACAUAUGGCGUCAACGUGGGGAUUUGAACCCGGGCUACAUUGGUGGGAGGCGAGUGCUCUCACCACUGCGCUACCCUUGCUCCCCUAAUGUACAAUAUAUCAAAUAAUAUAGUAAUAAUAAUAUUAUAAACUGCAUUUCCACAGCUCAUUGAAGGUGUGGAAGUGUGUGUGAUAUGUGGCCCCAAACCAUCACUUCAAGACACCGAGACCAAGGUACAUACAUGAAUCUUUAUAGUUCAUUAAAUUCCAAACUCUAAACAAACACGUGAAAGCCAAAUGACCGCAGAAUUAUGGAAUAGAUUCCAGACAGAGUUUGGUUACUUGUCGCGGGUUGCCGGGGUGGAAGUCGCGGGUACAGAUUUUGAUAUCGUCACUUCGUUUUUCACUCUUUGAAGAUAAUUUCACAUUCCAACUUGCUGUGAAGUACUCGAAUCAGGCUAAGUUCAUCAUCAAAAGUACUGGCAGGGAUAGGAGAAUCUGGAGCUAAAACAGCCUAUAGAAAUUGGUCAUAACGCUAAUACAUGUAUGUAGUAACAAUAUCAAUAACGAAACGAUGAAUAUAUGGAUUUCGUAUAUUGGUACCACAUAUAAUGAAAAAAUAAAUAAUGAAAAGAAGAUUAUUGCAGUUAAAGACGCAACUUAUGCAGUUUCGAAAAGAAGGGCUGAAGAAAUUUAAAUUUAGGCUUGCCGGAAAGCCUGAAUUUUUUCACAACACGAUGAUCUUCUUUGCAUUUUAAAAUAGUUGUGAAGACAAUGAUAACGAUAAACCAAACUCACACAAUACCUUCUGAUGAAAAUUUCCUUUUGUCUGCAUUUUGGGAUAUUUUUUUGUAGUUUUUGGAACCGUACUGGAGACUAUCAACGGAAACAUUGAAAUCAAGCCGAAGAUCGCAUCCAAGGAACCUUCCUGGUGACAUGGUACUUGACAGCGGAAUAUUAGGGUAGGUAGCGAAUCUUAUGAAAAUUUAACAGUGUGCGUGUGAGCUAAUACAUGUACAAUUGAUACUAACUGAACCUCCAUUAAGCACCACCCCUGCCCCCCCCCCCCCCCCCCCCCCCCCCCGGAGCACACACCCAAAGAGGUGGGUGUGUCGGUUAUAUAAAAUAAAAAAAAAACACAUUAUUUUUUAAAAAAAAAAAAAACAGGACAGCCAAGUAUGCUCCCCAAGCCAUCUCCCCCCUUUUUUUCAUACUAUUUUUUUUUUUCUCACCCUCACAAAAAAAACCACAACAAAAUAACCUUCCUGGGGACCCGGUAUCUAAACGCUGCAUAUUAUGGGUGGUUGUCCAAUCUUUUAAAAUAUAACUAUGGGCCUGUGAACCAAACCAUAUUAAAAAGAUGCUCUCUCCCCCCCCCUUAUACCACCCCCCUCGCCCCCCCCCCCCCCUCAAGUUACGGGCAAGUGAACGCUUAAUGGUGGUUGGUCGUCAUAAUUUAGCAUAAUCGAAACAUCACUUUAUUUUGAAACAAAUACGCGACUGGAGCGGCAUUACUGGUCCACAGUCAGUCUUCACCUUCUCUUUCAAACUGUAUUUUCCUUCAUCAACGGUUCAAAAGAAACCCAAAUUAAUUGUAUCAAGCAGUUGAUGGAGGCUCAAUAAUGGUGACAACAAUUGGAAACUGAAUUGGAAAAGCUCUCGUCUUGAUGGCCGCUUAAUAGUGGUAAAAUUUACAUUUUUUUUACCAUUAUUUCAGGAGUUUGUUAAAGUCAAUUUUUUCUUCGAAGCAGACAUGGUAACUUACACUAACUGAUUUGCUGCGGGCGUGAUCCGUCGGCCCAACAGCUAUACCGUAGCAUAUAUAUAAGUGAUAGGGAUUCAGCUUACAGGGUUUAUCCUCCAACCACGAGAGCUGCCCAAACCCUAACCUUUUGAAAGUCAAAUAAGCUAUAAAUUAAUCGAUCCGAUCUUUUGCUCUUAAUUCAUAGAGUUUGAUUGAGUACUGAAAGAAACGGUCUAAAAUCUGCCCGAUUUCUAGAAUCUGUUGCAUUGCUUGCAGUAGUUGGUCGAUUUUUCUGUCGUAAUUCAAUGGAAGAUGAAGGAGUUGACUGCUCGUGGUUUUGGCCCUUUGAUUCAUCAGUCAGUUUUGAUGGUUUUCUUGCAGGUUUUUGUUGGUAAAUACAGAUGAACGAAAGUGCCUGUCAAGUGUACAUCCAUCUGGAGUGAUGACUGGUGUCGAUCAAAGCAGCUCACCCGGUAACACUCUGUUCUUGCUAUAAAAUUGAAGUUCUUCUUACGUACAAAAGCACCCUCCAUGAAAAGUUGCUAAAACCUUUAGCCUCCUUGGUCAAUUGCACGAAGACUAACUUUUACCUCUGUAGAUAAAAUCCUAAUUAAAUAAUAAUCUUUCAUUAGAAAACUUUCAUCACAUCACUGUGGUUUUCAGAAAGGUCCUAACUUAGCUUAAAAGUACUAAAUUAGACUAAACAGUAAAAUGAAAAAUACCUAGAAAUAAAAAUAUAUACAUAAACUAAAUUAAAACUUUAUAAAAAGCUACAACUGGAAUACAGAAAGCAUUAAAUAAAAAAGCUGCUAAAAAUGCUACUCUUAAAAUUCACAAUGUCAGGUGCAUUUCUAAUGUCUUUGUCUAGAUUAUUCCCGUCUUUCAGAGAGUGAAGUGUGGCCAUUCAAAUGAAAGCCACUGAGCAGUACGUUUCUGUGAUACUGAUGUUUUUUUUUAAACGCUGUUCAAAGUGGUUCUAACUUUUGAGUAUGAAAGUGAAAUUUAAGAGUCUUUUUGAAAUCUGUUAUUCCCCACAUAUUUCCCUCAUUUUAUUUCUUGGAACUGAGUUAAGACAUUUUGUGUGAAACUAGUUAGCGUGUGAGGCAAGAUUCUUUUGUUUAUUAACAGGGGACGGGGUCUCCACAGCCAAAAGAAAGUCAAUUUUAGUGUCCUUUUACAAGUCAGUGGUUGGAACACUAUUCCCACCACAAACGACAGCCACUUCGGUGCAAGGUAAGUCGUCACAUUGUCUUAUUUCAAACCCAAGCGGGGUUGAGUACGAAUCCGUGUAUUAUGAUAUAGAUAACGCGAGACCAACAUAAUCAGAAAGAGAACACCGUGCUUUGCAAAAUGUUCGGGUGUUAAUCGUGCCUAUAUAAGAGAGAUGUAUGGUUUGCCGGACUACUCUGUUCGUCUAGAUUUUUUUGUAAGUAACUUUUUGAGUUUUUAAAUGCUUGUGUUUCGUUUAAUAUAGGCCAGAUAACCACAAAACGUGGAAGUGUCCGAAAUCACGGUUUCCUCUUUCUGCUGUUGUGGAUCUCGAGUUGCUCAUCCCAUAAUAGGCGGACUCGUCCCAAACCCCCACGGUUUGAAAUUAGGCAAUAGCAUGCAUCGUGCCUUUAAGAUUAGCGCUUUGCUUGGCGUCAGAGAGCUCUAGAAACCACGAAGUUGACGUCAGCAAAAUCGUCACUUAAAAAGUGAAUUUACGCUUCGUUGCAACUCGAUGAAUUUUUCAAAUGCAGAUGAAUUUUAAAAAAUUUCACGUCGUAUAGUCGUACAUAACCUCCGUUGCAGCCGGACGUGUCACUCGAGAACCCAGAUGGAGAACUCGAUAUACUUGACCCAUAUCAGGGAUUUAGACUGUUCAUGGCACAGGCUAAGUUGUUCAGUGACAUGAAAUUUACAAAAACCGUGUUGCACGCACAGAGUUGUUGUUUUGCUCAUUUCGCGCUUUUGAUCAUAUUUGCAUGGAAAAGGCGUGUUAUAAAUUUUUAAUUAUUAUUUAAUUAUUAUUAUUAAACCUAAGGUACGUCCACUUAUAUCACAAUAGAAGGACUGUUGAAUAUCCAACUGAUAAAUUUUAUUCCUACAGAUGAGCCGUCAUGCGACUUACACAGCAGUCUUUCUCAUCAAGCCAUGGAAACAUACAUGUGUAGUAGCGAUCACAAGUGUUACGCGAUUCGAAACUCAACUCAUGAGCUGUACUUACUCUUUUCUCCUGAUGUCCCUAAUUAUGCUCUUGGGUAA